UUCAAUGCAAAGCAAAACAUCAGUGUUCAGUGAUAAGAAAUGAGAAAACUGAAAAGAGAAAGAGAUGUAGAAUAUUAAUUUUCGGUGUUUUUUGUUUUAUUUCAUCUGAAAUAAUUUCUCUCGUAAUUAAUUAAGUUUGCAGUGUAUGGUGAUAAUUUAUAUUAUUUUAUUGGAAAAUCUUUUCCGCAGUCCAAUUCUAACCACAUGCACAUGGUUUCAUCGUCAUCCAAAGUUUGAUGAUCCGAUAAAAUGAGUUUGUUUCGAAGUUGUGUCAACUUGAUCUGCCGACAAGAAAUUUUCGGACAGUUUUUGAAAAAUUCGAAACCUGCAAAUGCUUCCAUUUUAGGAGAUGCUAUAAUUCGGCUAGGAAGUACUCUGGAAAGGCUUCACAAAACUGGCCCGGUCAUGAAAAACCGGCCGAAUAAGAAUCCACUGGGAUAUAACAAACCUUUCAUGAAAGGUAUAGUUUUAAGAAGGGUCGUAAAAAAACCUGUGAAACCUAAUUCUGGAAAUAGGCAAUGUGUUUUGCUUCGCCUAAGUAAUGGAGAAGAAGUUACUGCACAUGUACCAGGUGAAGGGCACAACUUGCAAGAACACAAUGUGGUUCUUGUGAGACCAGGUAGAACUAAAGAUGUACCUGGAUUAAAAUUGAAAUGUGUGAGAGGGAAAUAUGAUUUACCUCAUGUAAUAAAAAAAAUAGUGUAAUUUUGUUGUUGAAUAAUAAAUAUAUACGUAGUUUGAAUA